UCUCACAGGUCCAUGGGGUUGGUGGUGUCCAGAGAAACCCAGCACAUGGGUGUGCCAUACUAUGUGGAUAAGGGUUUUGAGAACGAAUACCGCGGUGCUGCCCUGGAAGAGCUGGAGAAGACUAUUGAGAGCGACUAUAUUGACCAUCUACAGAGCAGCUGCUGGAAAGAGAAGCAACAGAAAUCUGAUCUAGCUAAUCUGGGCCAACUGUACCGAGAUGAGCGGCUGAAGCAGAAGGCCGAGACCAUGAAGUUGGAUCACUGUGACAAGCUGCACCGCUUCAUGGGACGACAGAGAGGAGACUGAGGUUGCGUCGCCCUCCCAGACAGCGUGGUCUGCCUAAUCAAAGAGCUUUUAGUGUUGGUUAUAUAUUUCAAUUUACUCGGGUGGGUCACCUUUUUGGGAAGG